GUCUUUACUAUUUGUCUUGGUCAAGUAGUGGAGGCAAAGUGAAAUUCCCGAGAACAUGCGUAACCUCAAUCUGUCGAGUUGUGGUGGUUUGUGGCUGGAAGGUCACAACGCACGUCAUAUUUCUUUGGAUGACUGCUCUAAUAACAUCACUGUUUCUUUUGAGAGAAGUAUCAAGGUGAUUAGUAGCACAGGGAUAAAUACUUACCAUGCUCAAGGCACCCAACAAGAGAUACAUAGUUGUUUUGCGAUAUCUCCACCUGUAUACUUGGUUGCAAGUUCCAAUGAAAUAUUUCUUUGGCAUUUACUGAAUCACCAAAUUUAUGAAAAACUUGAUCUCAACACGGAAUUAAAAGCUAUGCGUAUUUCUCCAGAUCUUUCAAAAACGGUUGUCAUAACUGGUGAUGGUUUUAUUCAUAUUCUUUCUUCAACUCUCGAAAUUAUAUCCAACUUUUCACUGUACGAGGAAGGUUUCGGGUCGGCUCUGCCAGUUUCUCUAGGUUGGGGUAAGAAAGAAACUCAGUUUCAUGGCUCUGAAGGCAAGGAAGCAGCUUUAGCAAAACCGACUGUACCAGUCUCAAACACUCAAUAUGAUGAUGGUCGUUUUGAAAUUGCAUGGCGUGAUGAUGGUCUUUACUUCGCCGUAUCAUGGAUUGAUCCAUUAACAGAGAAUCGUAGACGUAUACGCGUCUACAAUGAUACUGGUGAAUUGUUUUCAACAACUGAAAUAACAAAUAUGAUUUCUCCAGGACUUUGUUGGAGACCUCGUGUUCAAUUAAUCACAACGGCUCAACGUCGAGAAGGUCGUGGAUUGGAUAUCAUAUUUUUUGAAUCGAACUCCCAACGCCAUGGAGAAUUCGAACUGAUCGGUGAUGAAUCUGAAAAGUUUUACCAAGUGGAAUCUAUUAUGUUUAAUCCGACCGGUUCAAUUUUGGCAGUACUGUGUAGUGGAACUCAAAACCAUCCAUGGUUUAUUCGACUACUAACUUGCUCUAAUUAUCAAUGGUCAAUAAAACAACAUUUCUGUAUAGCUGACAAUUCAUUAAACGAUAGUCAAAUUUCCAAUAUAUCAUUAACAUGGGAUCAUCAUGCUUACAGUGCAGAUUUGUCAGCUCUUUAUUGUGCUAUAUCAAUUAAUGAGUCGUUGCCUAAUGAUAAUCAAGUUAACCGUAAGACGUUAUUGCAAUGCUGGAAAAUGAAUAACGUUUAUAAUUCAUCGUGCAUAUUAACAAAUUCUAAUGUAAAUAUAAUAACAUCAUUAAAUUCUGGUCUUGUUGCAGUAAUCAAUGGAAAUACCGUCGAGAUGAGUUGUUUUGCUUAUUCAGUUAUUCCACCUCCAAUGUUUGCAACACGACUGGUAUUUUAUUCAAAUGGUGUAAACCAAUCUAAUAAGACACAGUGUAAUUUCACUCCAUCUGUUUCAUCUGUAUCUAUUCCUAGUUUAUGGUUGGGAAAUGAAUCGGAUUCGCCAAACAAUGUUAUGCCUAUAUUAAUUCAAACAGUCGACUGUCAGUCAUCCAAAAAUGUAUUUCCAAAUACGUAUUUUAUUACUAUCACAAAUGGAACCUCUUUAGAGAAGGAGUCAUUUUGUAAUGGUGAGGUGUACUCUGAAUGGCAUAAUGGAGGAAAAAAUAUUGCACCUUGGCCAAAAACUGUUGUUAAAAUCGAUAUGGAUAGACUGUUCAUUGAAUGCAACGGCAAUGACGAAUCAUUGAAUUCUUUAAUCUUAACUGAGUUAAAACAGAAGAACACUUGUUUAUUUAGUCCAUUGAGUUGUUUCGCCUGGUUAAGUCUUUAUGAAGUAUUAUUUAUUGGUGCGGAUGGUCUACUAUUAGGUUAUUUGAACAUGAAAAAUCUAUAUUCUAGUGAUGAUGAUUCCGAUGGUAAUGCAAAUGGACGCUGGUUACUCAGAGCGUCUUCAUCUGCUCAGGAAUUUAAAACACUCUUGGAAAGGAACAACAGUAAAUUUGCCAGAAUAACUACUAUUUGUUGUACGAUUGAUAGACGUGUUUGUGUUCAAAUGUCCAAUGGCACUGUUUACAUUUAUUCUGUUCAAGAUAUAUUAAAUAACAAUUAUUGUUAUGAAAUUCUACAAAUGAAUGAAUUCAAUAUUGAUAAUUUACAUUCUUAUAAUCCAUUAAAUUGUAUAAUACAAUUUCCAUCUAAUUGUGAACAAUUAUUAUGUAUACCAGUAUUUGAUGAAUACAAUUAUAAUAUUAUCCAAUUGAAUUCAUCAAUCAUAACAGUUAAUUAUUCUGCUUUAAUUUUAUUUGGUUUUAAUAAAUCAACACAUUGUUUAUUCGCUGCUGUUUUACCAAAACAACAUAAUACUGGACAUUUUCAACAAAAUAAUAUUAUUGCAUUAAAUAUUACAGAUUCCUGCUCUUCAUUAAUUGGAUUAUCAGAAUUUUUAAUUGUAACUAAUGUAAAAAAAUUGUUAAUAUGCGUUUCAUUAGUAUUUAAUGUAUCACAAAUUAAUGAUCCAAAUAGUCUUUUAAAAGAAUUACUUUCACGAUUGAAUAUUCCUUCUGAAUUGGACGCCAGUACACGUAAACCACCGCGUAACUGGUAUAAUGAUAAUUUACAUCCAAUCGAAUCCGGUGCAAUCAUUGUAACAGCGAUACCAAAUGAUACCAAAGUCAUACUACAAAUGCCACGUGGGAAUUUGGAAGAAAUUCAUCCUCGUGCUCUUGUACUGGCACAUUUAUCCAAAUUACUUAAUAAUAAACAAUAUGAACAAGCUGUUAAAAUGAUGCGUCGUCAUCGGAUCAAUUUCAAUUUAUUACAUGAUUAUAACCCUAAUUUAUUUCUAUCAAAUGUCAAACAAUUCUUACAAUCAAUUGGCGAUCCUGAUUUGAUCACAUUAUUUAUAUCUGAUCUUGUUGAGGAAGAUGUAACAGAAACAAUUUAUCAUAAAUUUUAUUCUAAAUCUUCCGAGCGCCAUCGAUCAACUCUAAAAACAUCUAAGCUUGACCGAAUAACUGAUAUUCUUAUUGAUGAAAUGGAGAAGCAUAAUCCAACCAAAUUAAUUGUGCCAAUUAUAACUUGUUAUGCAAAAAAAGUCCCACCAAACUAUGAAGCUGGCUUACUAAGAUUAAAACUUUUACAUGAAAAUGGAGAUAUAAAUACAUGGAAUAAUGGAUUACGUCAUUUACAAUAUUUUGCCACACCAAUUGAAUUGUAUAAAGUUGCAUUAGGUACAUAUGAUUUAAAUUUUGCUACAAUAAUGGCACAGCGUACACAACUAGAUCCAAAAGAAUAUUUAGCUGAAUUAAACGAAUUAAAUUCUAUAACAAAUGACUUGAAAAAAUAUCAAUGUGAUACCAUGGAAGAGGCUAUAGCAUAUCAACAAUUUAAAAUUGAUCAUAGCUUAAAGAAAUAUUCAAAAGCUGUUCUACAUUUGAUUGAUUCCGGUUCUAAACACAAAGCGGAACUAUUAUCCUAUGUGAAAGCAUAUCAUUUAUAUGCACAAGUGACUGAAGUAAUACCACAAAAUUCUGAAGAAUUCAAGAUUAUUUGUCAACUAUGGGCGGAUUAUUUAAUUUCUUCACAAAAUUUAAGUUAUGCUGGUCAGAUUUACAUGAAAGGUGGAUUUUAUGGUUUAGCUGCCAAAACGUUUUUAUCUGUAACUAAUACCCAACUGUGGUGUAUUGCCGCUGCGAACAGUCGACUAUUGAAUGAUAAAAAUAAUACUGAUUUAUCUACUGAUCACUAUUUAAGUAAUACGGAAAUACGUACUCAAGCACAAAAGUUGGCAGCUCGAUUAAAAGAUCUUCAACGUCAUCAAGAAGCUAUUCAAAUCUAUAUUGACUUUUUAGAGGAUCCUGUAAUGGCCAUCAGAACAGCUUGUGAAGAUCGCCUGUGGAUGGAUGCUCGUCGAUUGGUAAUGCUUCAUAUUUUAUUGAAUAACAUGUUUUUAACAAAAUAUUUAUUUUGUUGUAUAAAAUGGUACAAUUUAUUUUAUAAAAUACUGAAAUAUCAUGCAUAAACAACAUAGAACCUAGCAGUAUACACGAAUCAGUUCACUUUGUCACACUGUAAUAACACCGUCAGAUGAGAUUAUCAAGAUAAAUCACAGGAUACUAAGAGUGGUAACAACAGUAUCAGUCGUCGUAGGAAAUUUUAUCCACAAACAAUAUGAUUUGAGAACAAAUAAUUGAAUCGAUAGGAUAAAAAGUAUGAGCUCAAUUUAAAACUCAAAUAUAAGAGAAUAUUAAGAGUAAACGCAUCUAGGUCACUGGAAUUGAUUCUAAGCUAUAUCAUCCAACGUCUAACCGUUGGUUACUAUAAUCGCGAGGACCUCAACCAAUUAAUCUAGACCUACCUGCACGACUGAGUCCAACAGUCAAUGACUUAAUGUUUUAGCCACUCUUAGCUUUCUCUCAACCUACUCUUACACAAGUCAUCAUCACGCAUCGAAGUCAACAGUGGUUAGGCAUAAGUAAUGCACAUUGUAAUCACCCCAGUUUAUCGAAAUUCACCAUCUCCAGCAAAUCCGACAUACUCACCUUGUACUGUGCGUCUCACUGUAAUAUUGCUCACUUGGUCAUUCCACGAUACGGCAGCAAUGCUUCAAAGACACUUAUGAUCGAACACUAGUAACCUAUAAAGGCCAAACUUCAUAAAACAGACUACUUCAUCUUUUGGGUAGUAGACAUGAAAAAUAUUCGUAAAAUAAAGUUUUUGUUUAUUUUUUUAACAAAUCAGCAUAAAUACUUUCACUUCUAUUCAGAUUAAAUAAUGAUAGUAAUAAUACCAAUAGAGUGUAGUUAAAAAACCCCUCAAUACCGCUAUUUAUCGAUCUGAUUCACAAACACACAAAAAUGUAAAUUAAAUUAGUUUGUUUUCUUCUUUUCUGCACAAAACGAUUACUGUAAACCAAACAAAAAAAAACUUAAGCUAUAAGAGAACCAAAACUAUUUCGUAAAUCAAUUUCAUGCUAAUAAGUACACUAACCCAACUAUCCUCUCAAACUACAUAAUUCUAAGAUUUUUUCGCAAUAGAUAAUGUGCAAUACACUGCAUUGUAUUUUUGUGACAAAAUCAAUCAGUGUGUAUACAUACAAUGAGAUACGGAUAAAAACUAUAUAAAUCAUAUUAAAUAUUGAAAUAAUAGAAAUUUUGUGAGGGAAAAAAUGUCAUUUGAAUAUCAUAUUUAUAAUAAUUCGUAUUUGUUGUAUUUUGUUUGUGUUCAAUGUACAAUGUCAAUCAGUUACGCUAUUUAUUGGCUUUGAAAAAACACCAUGCAAAUACCUUCAUCAGUUGAAUUCAUGAGUCAGUUAAAGUUAGACCACCAUGGAAAACACUGGACGGCCGUUUCGUCCCAGUAUUGGAGUGAAAGUACUUCAUCAACCUAGCUUUAAUACCGGUACUCCUAAUAGUAGUAGUACGAUACGUAGGAACAAUUUGAAUUUGUUAUAUACUUCAUUAAAAAGUAAAAAGUGUAGGAUGAAAAUGAGAUUAGUGGUGUAAGGAAGAUCUAAAUAUUGUAAAGUUAAAAUGAAUAGUAGUAGGUAUUAUGUCAACCAUAUCGCGUGGACCAGGGAAAACAAGUUUGAUUAUGCAUACAUUUCACAUACUCUUUUGUGGUUUCUUUCAGUCUAAUCUUUGUGUUGAAAUUUCUUGAAAAAAAUAUCACUAUCUGUAUGGCUACUCAAUCACUAUUUAAAAUUAAUCAAAGAUUAAGACAUCUAUGCCGACUUCUGACAUAUAAAACAGCUGAAGAUAGAUGUUCAGUAUUUUUUCAGAUUUAUAUAUAUCUACCAUGGUAAUUAGCUGUGUUUAUCAAUAAAAAAGUCAUAAACACUACAUCUAGAGUGUAUGUUGAGAACAAUACUUUGUCCUUCAUGGAGUUUUAAAGGAUUGCGUUUUGUUCGAAUUCGGGCUUACCACUUUCUCAGUCCACUAUCUGACUCGAUUAUAGACGAACAAUAAAUGGGCAAUGGACAUAAAUUCUCCGAUUGAUUUCGUAUACUCUAAUUAGACUAACCCCGUUUUGGCGACGACGUUAAUACAAACCAAAUACGAAUUCAUUUCAGGCACUAUUUUACUCAGACAAAUAAAAAUAAUAUACGGAGAAGGGAACCGUGUCAAUUUUGAUGGUUCAAGCGUUACUCACUAUUAUUUAUAGCCAAACAGAAAAAUAAGCUAAAAACGUGAUAAAUAAAAUAAUUAAUGAUAUAAAAUCAGUCAAUGUUGUAAGUGAAUAAUUAACAAAGUUAAUAUAAGUGGAUGGUAUUUCAAAAAGAAUAAUUUCAUUGGUCUGUUUGAAUCCCAGAAUAAUUUAUGUAGGUAUGACAUAGUACUUAGACGCUCUGAGAGCUUACUGACAAAAAAUUAUUAAAAACGUAAACCAAGAUCUAUUUUAGUUCUAAAUAAAUAAAACUGUUCAUAUUACAAACAUCCAAAGUCAACGAACAAUGAUGAAGUCUUGACCGAAUUAAAUGAAAAAAAACUCGGAAGUUACUGAAAAACUAUUAUCUCAUUUCAAUGUCAGUGUUUUUCUUAGUUAAAUCCUCUAAAUAAGAAUACGUCAUAAUUGUAUAGUUUACUUAAAUAACUGUACAAUUCAUUAAAACAUGCUCUUUUGAAGCAUAUUAUAUUGACCGUACAAAGUUUACUCUUUCCAAAUGCAUAUCCUAAAAAUAUCCUUCAUAGUUAUCUACAGCUGAAUAUAAAUCAGUCAAUAGAUCUAUUCUAGUAGAACAAAUUUGGUCAUUCUGAUCAUCUGUUGUCAACAGGAUUUUCCCUCAGAUUUUAACAUCAUUUGUAUACAAUCGGACUUGAAGUAUUUGUUUCCGUAUUUGACCUGUAAAUGUUUCUCUAUUCUCCCUCUCUCUUUUUCUUCAUGUGUGUUGUGUAGGCAUCAUUAUAUAAUAAACAAGA